GUAGAGCUCUCCUGGAACAGCUUUAAUAAGGACGACAUCUUCCUGCUGGACCUGGGCAAGGUGAUGAUCCAGUGGAAUGGGCCCACGAGCAGCAUUUCCAAGAAGGCACGGGGUCUGGCCCUAACCUGCCACCUCCAGGAAAAGGAACGUGGUGGUCGUGCACAGAUUGGUGUGGUGGAUGAUGAGGUGAAAGCCACUGAUCUCAUGGAGAUCAUGGAAGCUGUGCUGGGCUGCAGAGUGGGCAACCUGUACACCGCCAUACCCAAUGGGAGUAUUAACCAGCUACAGAAGGCCAAUGUCUGCAUCUACCAGUGAGCAGACCUUGGGAGUGGGUAGGGUGGGUGGAAUUGCCCAGGCUGGCAUGUCCAUCAUUACUUCAAGGACACAGGGUCUCUAGAAAGGCCUCCAGAAAAGGCUCACGGGUUUCUGGGGCAGGCCAUGUGGGAACUUGGGCCCAGCCUGUACUCUGCCUUUCAGAGAAACGCACUAUAUAGACAAGGUGACUAAGGCCCUAGGGCCAGGCAGUUGCUUGAGGCUCCACAGCAAGGCUACUGUGAAGUCAAGACUUCAGUUCAGGGCCCAGGCCCCGUGCCUUCUGCCUCUGAGCUAAAGGGGGCUAGAGCAGAGCCAGGCCAGGGAGGGGCUGAUGGCCACAUCUGGAUGCCUGUCCCCAAGUGUCUACAAUAAGGGUGAGGACCUGGUGAUCCAGGAGUUGGCGACCCGUCCACUGACCCAAGACCUACUGCAUGAGGAGGACUGUUACAUCCUAGACCAGGGGGGUUUCAGGAUCUACAUGUGGCAGGGACGCAUGUCCAGCACUCAAGAGAAAAAGGCUGCCUUCAGCAGGG